AUGAAAUAUACACAGGAUGUCGAGUAUGCUGCAGCCGAAAUUCUUGCCAUUAAUGCAGGUCAUUAUGUUCGUUUUGCUUUCGAUAAACCAGUAUUAAGCUUAUAUACACUCAUCUAUUCAACAUAUUGGUAUUGGAUAGUAUGGCUUGCCGAUUUUACUUUACUUUUAUUACCUUGUAUUGAACGACCAGCUUAUUUUACAGAUGUUCCUCCAUGGGUAGCUCUAAUUAUUGAAACAAUUGCUUUAUCAAUACUUUUUGCUUCAUUUAUCUUAUCAAUGCAUUUGCAAGAUAAACGAAAAUUAUUGAGUGAAGCUGUUUUUCCUUAUAUAUUCUUAGCUGUUUUUCUGUUAACAAGUACUGAUAUGAUUAUUUAUUAUGCAUUGACAUUGAAAGGUUAUUAUUAUGUUCGAUGGUCUCGUCCACUUCGUGUUUUUUUCCCAUUUGCUUUACAAGCUGGUCAAAAUGUUCGUCGUGUUAUUCGAAAUAUUCUUCGAACAUUACCAAAUAUAGGCAAUGUUAUGUUUCUAUUUCUAUUUUCGGUAUUGACAUUUACUUUACUUGGUGUUGGUAUUUUAAAAAAUAAAAAAUUAACAUAUCCAAAUGGAAGUGAAUAUUUUACAAAUUACUUAGAUACUGCUUGGGAUUUAUAUGUACUUACAACAACAGCAAAUAAUCCUGAUGUCAUGUAA